CGACGAGGACAGCAGUUGCCUCACGGUGUCACUGCGCUUCAGAAGAGGAUUAGCUUUAGGAGAGCUUUUUUAAAAACCUUCCUGAGCUGAUAACAUCUCAGGAGGGGAGACGGAAGGUAGAGGCUGGCCCCCAUUGCUCAACAAGCCAAGAUGCACAUCAAGGAAGUUUCACAUGCCUAGCGGCAGCUGAAGCAGACAGAGGCUCGCGGCGAGCAGUGCUCUGUGUGACCAUGCCUCCCCAACGAGUGUUCGCUCUGCCCAGGCAGCAGUCUCUGUUUCUGCCCCCUGUUCUCAACCCCUUUGUGCUGGAAGCCAAGCUGACGAGAAGAGAGAAAAUUAAAUGUUUCCUUCUGGGAAUCAUCCUUGUGCCACUGCGCUCCAUUUUCAUGGUGUUGGUUCUGAUGGUAACAUGGCCGGUUGCUGCCUUGAUAACAUUCAAGCGCCCUUUGAAACGAGAUGUGAAGCCCUUGACUGGCUGGAGGAGGUUUAUGUGUCGCACAGUGAUGGGGUUUCUAGGUCGGCUGUAUUUCUUUUCUAUGGGCUUUCGUGUGGUGGUGAAGGGGAAGCAGGCAAGUAGUGCUGAAGCCCCGAUCCUGGCUGUGGCUCCUCAUUCGUCGUUCUUUGAUGCCAUUGUCUGUAUUGUGGCUGGGCUGCCAUCCACCGUGUCCCGCUCAGAGACUCUGGCCACUCCCAUAUUCGGUCGGUUUCUACGGUGCCUGCAGCCUGUGCUCGUCUCUCGCAAAGACCCAGAUUCACGCAAAAACACCAUCCUAGAGAUCAGCAAUCGGGCGAAAUCUGGAGGCCGCUGGCCACAGGUAUUGAUUUUCCCUGAAGGAACAUGCACAAACAGAUCCUGUCUCAUUACUUUCAAGCAAGGUGCCUUUGUGCCAGGAGUUCCUGUUCAGCCUGUGCUUUUGAGGUACCCCAAUAAGCUGGAUACAGUGACAUGGACAUGGCAAGGGCCCAAAUCAAAGGCCCUGCUUCUUCGCACACUGUGUCAGCUCUACACGACGGUGGAGAUUGAGUUUCUUCCCCCUCAUAUUCCAACAGAAGAAGAGAAACAGAAUCCCAACAAGUUUGCUCAAUCAGUGCGGACUGUAAUGGCUAAAUCACUUUGUGUCCCGGUAACAGACCACACAUUUGAGGACUGUCGUCUGAUGAUCUCUGCAGGGGAGUUGACCCUACCCAUGGAGGCAGGGCUAGUGGAGUUUACCAAGAUCAGUAGAAAGCUUGAUCUGAAAUGGGACAAUGUGAAGAAGGAGCUGGAGAAUUUUGCCACCAUAGCAUGCUCGUGCAAAGGAGGCAGAAUCAGAAUCGAGGAGUUUGCCAAUUUCCUCAAGCUACCUAUCAGCCCAGCCCUUCAGGAGCUCUUUAGUCUUUUUGACAGGGAUGGGGAUGGCACCAUUGACUUUAGAGAGUAUGUGAUUGGUGUGACAGUGUUGUGUCGACCUGCUAACACAGAGGAGGUCAUCCAGACAGCAUUUAAGCUCUUUGAUAUAGAUGAAGAUAACAACAUUACACUGGAGGAGUUUGCUGGCAUUCUACGCUCCGCUGUAGGUGUAUGUGACCUCAACGUUUCCAAACUCUUCAACGAGAUUGAUGCUGAUGGAUCAGGACAUAUCACAUAUGAUGAGUUCCGCUCCUUUGCACUCUCACACCCUGAAUAUGCCAAACUUUUCACUACAUACAUCGAGCUCCAGCGCUACCAAGGCCUCCUGGGGGAGGGGCCAGACUCAGACGCCAUCUCCCACUGCUGUAAUGAUUCCCCUAGCGACCACCAGGAAGACAGCAAUUCAGACAAGAAAGAUGACUAAGUCCCCAUGUGUUAUUGCACUACUGCAUGUGGGUUCUGUGAGAUAAGUAGAAAAUCACUGGAGAACUUCCAACAGAACAUGGAUUGCUACUGAUCAGCUGGCCUUUUAUUGCUUUUGAACAAAACCAUCCCCUGGAUGAAUUUCUGCCAUUGUUAUCUUAACCCGUGCCUUAGAAGUGUAUAACCGCUUUGGCCUGACCAUAUGGACCAUAUGCAACAUUUCUCCAAAGGUGGCAAAUCUCCUUUACAUACAGUUCAGCAAAACUGAGUUGAGCUGUGCCCACCUGGUGUUCACAUAUAUUGUCUUCAGAUGUUGCUGCUUGCAUCAGCUGUUUUAUUUAUAGCAUUCUGUAGCAGUGUUCUGUAUUUUACUGUGAUUAUGGCAGGAGGCAUUUUUAUUUGUUGCUUCACCAAUUGAGUCUGAAAUGCUAGACUAGGAAACAUGCUAUGCUAAUAAUCUGGAGGGUGAUGUUGUUUUUGUUUAUCUCUGAAGAUUAACAGUUGGCCCUAUGCAAAGUUCUGAAAAGACCCUCCUCCUUUAGUUAUCAUUGCUACAUUACUCACAUUUUUCAGCCUUGUGCUUACAGACCCAAAAGGGUAACUGCAAUACAUUAAACAUUAGUCAUUAUUAUGCAAAAAUAUAAGUGGCUUUACAAGAUGUUCAGCGUAAACAUAAAUGUUGGAGAAAUGACAGUAUGAUUGAAGGCCAAUUUAAAGCAAAAAGUAUUCUGGAAACCAUGUUUAUAUUAAUCAUACCAGGUAGAUCAUUUAAUUUCUUUAAGCAAACUGUAAUGCAAAAAAACAUGAAGGCAUGCAUACGAGCGCAUGACUAUGAUCUUUAAUAUUUUUAUUUGCAAAUAAUUGUGAGCACUAAAAGGUCCUGUUUGAUCUGUUUUCUCAAGCUAAAUAUCAAAUAUAAAUAUUUAGCUAAAGCUAAAUUAAGAAGAGCUGACAUAUUUCUGUAACAUUACCUUAGAGCCAGCUUAUGUCUGCCUGUUAAUAGGUUUGCCUUUGAGCUAUGAGUGCAGUCUGUAGUUCAGUCCAAGUUUUCUACCUUCUGGAAAGAAAUAAAAACUGUGAGUCUGACACUUUGCACCUCUCUUAGCCAAUUAAUUCAGAUUUAUUUAUUGCCAGCUCCGUUCUCACAGCAGGUUUAUUGUGAGGGUUUUUGUCUGGGUUUUUCCUUCUUUUAUAGUAUCACGAAAAGGGCUGAUUUGCUGAGAGGCACAUUAAUCAUUAUUUUGCAAAUGGUCAGUUAUAAUAAAUGUUAAUUUAAUUCCAAAAGUUCAUACUGCCAUACUGAGAAAUCACUAUUUUGCAGCUUGUCAGUAACUGCAGUAUAAAGCUAGUAAUUGCUAAUAUUUAUUCUAACAUAAUAUAAUGUCUGGCCAACACAGAGCUGGAGCGAGAUCAUUAGUUUGUAAUGUACACGCAGGCUUGUGAUAGGACAAUGUAGGCAAUUGCCAAACUUUUUAUCACUUUGGAAAAUGGGUUCAGCAGCUGAAACAGGCCAGUUACAGAAAGUUGCAUAAAGAAAAAAAAGCAUAUUUUUAAAGAUGGCAGUCAGAUGAACUAUAGCCCAAGGGAAUGCGGUUUUUCUCUCUAUUGCCUUCUUUCUCUUUUCUAUUUCUCUCUCUCUCUCUCUCUCUCUCUCUCUCUCUGCUCAGGGACUCUGGUGCGGAAGGUUUUCAAUAAUCAAAGGUUUUUUUGCUCGGCAUCUGUUGGUAUUUGCAUUUCUAUUGAGAAGAGAUGUUGCUGAGUUAGCACUCUGUCUCUGUUGCUUGUUUAGUCUAAUGCUCAACCAGCAGCUGAAAAUAGGCCAAUUUGUGAGCAAACAGGCAACACAACAGACACAGCAGCACGUACCAGGGGUGGGGUUGCCUCGCUGCAGCGCAGGUUGCAAUUAGGACUGUUUUUUGUUAACACAGCAUUGUGCUUUUAUUUUGCAAUAAAAAUACACUGAAUUUUAA